CAAGUGACGGUUGUUGCAUAGUUUUUUUUAUUUAGCGGCAAUUUACGAAGUGACAGUUUUGUUUGUUUUUAAUUAUUGUGAUGUGCAGUGCAUCGAUUCUAUGAAUUCAUCUAUCUAUUUUUAAUUGUAUUAUUCCAGAAAAUGUUCCAGUACGAAUAUGAAAAGCGGCCCACUCCAACCCCGUGCGACAGUAGCGCGACGACGCGCGACUUUUACGCGCGCCGGCCUCUCCCGCCGCGACCGGAGUGCGACAGAUUGCCUGCUAAACCUAGCGUACCUCUUAAAGUGUGGAUAAUAGCCAGUGCAUCAUGCUUCGCGGUGUGCGCUGUGUUAGUGCUCGCUACGGUCGUGGUCAUUCGCUGGGGCACCACGGAGACAUAUACCGCUAGAGAGAUAUAUGCUGAAGCACCGGAGCCGAUAUUCUCUUUCCCAUACCCACAGCAACGACCAGACAAAACAACAACAGAAACCGCGUCCCAGGAAAUAGACAACGAAAUACAAUUCCCGAUUCUAGAAAAACUUUCGAUAUUCAAAAACAUAGUCGCAAAUAGGGAUAGAAAGAAUGACAAUCUCGCUUCAAAACCUCAGUUACAUCCCCUCCACGAUACAUCCUUACACCAUCCGGAUAGAAAAAUAGAAAAAAAAGACAAACCAAAACUGCCCAUAGACAUCAAAGAUACAAAAAUACCAGACUUCAAACCGACCCUACCAGAUAUCUUUACGACUAGACAAAUAAAACUAUCCGACGGCUAUAUCACUGAUUUACAACACAAUGAAUACGAAGAUUACUACAAUGAUGAGAACCUAUACGAUGACUAUAUGCAAAGUAACACAAUGACCAGUUAUUUAAUAGAAAAAGUUCAAGAGCUACACGAAUGGAUCACAACUGAUCCCACUUUUGAAGUGAGUAAGAAGAAGGACGCUAAUAAUUUCGGACAAGUGUUAAAAGCGUUAAAUGAGAGCUUAAUCGAGGGUAAUGUGACGAUAAUAAUGAGUAAACUAAGGGAUAUUUAUUAUGGGGAUAACUAUACUGUGGCUAAUAGUAGUAGGAAGAUAAUAUUGACAAAUAGUACCAAUUUAUUGUCGUUCGGAAUACUGACGAUGGAUGUUAUGCUGUUACAUAAUAUUCAGCUCAUGGCUUGGGAGAAUCAAGAAGGUGCACGCAACAAAAUGCUCAAAGAUCCAGAUGUGUUCGCGUUCAACGCUCUAUUCAUGGAACCCAGCAAGGUGGAAUCGAAACGGAAAGAAGUGUACCAUCACUAUGAGAAUGGUGUUUUUUCAAAACGCCAAAACCUCCGGCAAGACCCAAUAGAUGAGUUUAGUAUGGGAAAGAAUCUUCUAGAAAAUGUAUUGGAAAUUGGCAUGAGCACAGCCAGGGCUGCCAUACACUUGGGAAAAGCUUAUAAAAAUACAAAGAACCUCCUAAACCAACUGUCAAACAGAGAAGCAAUAAACGCAAACAUACAAAACCAAUUAUCCCGCAACAUAGAUGGCAACACUCACGCGCUACAUCACUUGCAAACGUCAUACAAUGACAGUUCGAGUGUUGCUAGUGAUAUAUACACGGAUUUGGACUGUGUGUGGAUUUUGUAUUGUAAGAACUUAGUUGUGACUGCGAAGUUGAACCCGCCGUAUGGGACUAUGGCUAGGAUUAAUGGGUUAGCACUAAGAAUGUUAGCUGGUGACUUAGCAGCAGACAGAGCGUUAGACACAAUGUUGUACGAAGUUCUGACUGGCUGGACCGAGCUCAGAUGUAAUGAUAUGUUUCCCAAAUGCAGUAAAGCGAACGCUGCCGCCAUUGUUCUAGACUCAAUUAUACAACCAUUAAAAAAGUCACAGAAAACUUCAACAUAAUAAAUAAUAAUUGAUAGUAUUAUUUAAUAAAUAGUGUACACUAUACUCAAGAUUUUCAUAAAUUAGGGUGCUUUUUCAUCAAUAAUG